CUCGCAGGGGUCGAUGCCACAGAGGCUCAUGGGGUGGGGCGCCGUCCGCGACUACCUCGUCACCUUGCUUCCCCAUGCAUAAGACCGACAGACCCUAAAGUCGCUGGCCGCCUCCGCGAUCAAGUGUGUUGCCUAGCCGACCCGCAUGCAUGCAUCUGCGCGUGUGCACGCCCACAUAGUGUUUGUGCACAUGCCGGUACCUCGGUCCGUAUAUCUGCAUGUGUUGGACUCAGCCUUCCCCCAUACCGACUGGCCUCGUUGGCUCGUACGGAUGCGGGUGUGUUUCCUGUCCGCAAUGGAAGAAGUGUAAUAGGAGGGCACCAGUCGGUACUUGACGGGUCUUAUUCAACGCUGAAGUUUUCUGACCACAGCCCAUGCGACUAG